GCGCAUGCGCAACACUAGACCGGAAGCCAGGAAAAAAAGCAAAAGAACUAAAAUCAUUAGCUACAUAAAGCAACACUUUCUGGUCACAAACACGCACAGAAAUGUUCCGGAGGAAACUGACCGCUUUAGAUUACCACAACCCGGUUGGAUUUGACUGCACAGAUGAGACCCAGUUCAGGAACUGCAUUGUGUGGCUGGAGGACCAGAAGAUACGACACUACAAGAUAGAGGACAGAGGCAACUUGAGGAACAUCCCUAACUCAGACUGGCCCACAGCUUACCAGAAGUACCUGCAGGAUCUCAACUGUCCAUUCGGAGUUCAGGAGAAGAAGGAGGCUGUGGACUGGUUACUGGGUCUGGCUGUGCGAUAUGAAUAUGGAGACAACGUGGAGAAGUAUAAGGACUGUCCGCCACUCGCAGCCUCCAGUAACAGCGACAAAGCAGUUGACCCUCUGGUCAACCUUGACAGUGAUUCACCAGAUUUCAAAGCAGGAGUGACGGCUCUGGCCAACAUCCUCAAAGUUCAGCGACAUGACGACUACCUGGUUAUGCUCAAGGCUAUUCGUAUUCUCAUCCAAGAGAGACUUUCCCCAGAGGCCAUCGCUAAAGCCAGCCAAAAUAGAGAGGGAGUUCCAGUGACUUUAGAUAAACACGUGUUGGGCUUUGACACGGGAGACGCGACCCUGAACGAAGCAGCCCAGAUCCUGCGCCUGCUGCACAUCGAGGAGCUGAGGGAGCUUCAGACCAAGAUCAACGAGGCCAUAGUGGCCGUUCAGGCCAUCAUAGCUGACCCCAAGACUGACCACAGGCUCGGCAAGGUCGGCAGAUGAGAACGAGGAUGAAGAGAGGGACUGAACCACGGGAGUUUUAAUUUGAUUUUGAGAAGAGUUUUUGUUUGUGAUGGACAGAAAUGAGUUGGUUUUCUCCGUUGUGUGAGUUCAGACAGCAGCUUGGAAAUCUGGGCAAAUGCUUUUUCAGAUGCUGCCUCAAGGACAAGUUGACACCAAAUCACACCAAACAAAAACCUGCUGCAGUGUGAAGUACUUGUUUGCAGUAAUAUGUUGAGUUAUGGAUUUCUUCAGAAAGUGUGGUUGAAUCUUCUGAUCCCCUUCUCGCUGCCAUUAUUUUCCGGUAUUUAAAACCACACAAGCUUCAGAAAUGAUCAUUUUGAAAGUUUUCAUUCACACAGUAGAAUAUAAAUGCAGCGAAAACA